AUGGAUCUUGCCUGUGAAUCCCGGGUUCCGUUCCUGCUCUGUUGUCCAUGCAGCCGCCACUCGGCCCCGCGGCUUCUCAAAUCAGUGCAGGCGAUCACCGAAUCGUCUGCCCUGAUCUCGUUAUACGAACGACGAAAUAAUUCCUGGGAUCCAUACAAAUCGUCGCCCACUGUGUCGCCUGCGCUCUCCAGCGCCUCAACCGCCGACGGCGAGGGCUCUCCCGAGCUCCCGCCUCUGUCAGCGCCCAGACUGCCCGAGCGAGUCCUCGGGCUGUUGAGGACCCCGCCGGACAGUCGCGCAGAGUCGGAGGACGACGGCACCACGGAGUACAGCACCAACCAGUGGGGCUCACCCUACCCUCCUCACCUUAGGAACAGCCGGAGUAUCAGCAGCGACGCCUCUGGAGACUCGCCGCUCCAUCGCCUGGAGCUCCAGACCCCCUUCCUCCGGCCUGCGCCAACCAUACCGGAGGUUCCACAAGAGGUCCGCUUACCAGAGAUCAGCGCGGCCGCAACCGUCCUCGCGAAUCGGGCAAGGCGCGUCGCGAACGGCAUUACCGAGGGUUGGAUCCGCCAGCACACCACCAAGGGCACCGUCGAGCAGGAAAGGCGGCACUGGUUUAGCGACGGAGACAGUGAGAACUCUUCAUUGAGCGACUCCUUUUCCGCCGGCGAGGAAGCUGCCUGGUUGGACGACGACACCGCACGAACCCCCAAGGCCAGCCGCAGCAAGGCGGGCGAUCGGAGUAGGCAGACUUCUCGGGGCGGACUAGGAAAGCAGUCCAGCAACGAGACACUCCGGCAAUCGCACCUGGGCCGCAAAAAGGACACGGCGGCUAAAAAAAUGGCAUCAUCGGACGACAUGGCGACGCCCGACAGCGUGGGGGAUUUUGGGCCGUUUCGCAAACCAAUAGAGAGAUCUCGCACACCGACCAGCGACCGCAGUUCAAGACCAAAUGGUUUCGGUGCGCCCCCCAAUGCUGGGCCUCUCACCCCACCAAGACCCGUGGUCAAGCGGACCGCAGCAACGCCGCGCUUAAAGAAGAAAAUACCCUGGAAGGGCAAGAAUAUCCUAGUUCUUCUUCCUAGGGAUGAUGAGCGUGGUCUGCCGGGCAAAAGCCCUGCUCCUCUGACAGAGGCCAACGUCUCCGGCAUGCUUCGGAGCUGGCAGCAACUCGGCUACGAUAUUGACGGAUUCGAUUUGUACGAGCCGGCCGCGGCGGUAGAGCCCAAGGAACAGUCACAGAGUAGGGGUGCUUGGCCAGAUCCCGACGACUUGGUGAGGGAGCGGAAGAGCCGUGACUGGACAGUACUUCUUCCAGAUUUGAACGCAUGGAAGCGCAAUCAGGCGAUGCCCGGCUUCCCCUUCCCCGGCCAGUUCGUCACCUCCGCCUCCCAGAGCCCCGGCAUCCCAGCUGGUGCCUCGCCUGUACCGUUUGGCGUCAAGUUCAACCCCCGCGCGUCCAUGUCGGUUCAGUCACCGCAUGGGUGGUCUCCACAGAUGAUGCUGCAACAUGGCCAUCGUGGUGGCUCGCCUUCGUUGGCUAACCUCGGUGCGAUGAUGUCGCCCACUUCACCUUUCUCGCCGGAUGGAAUGCCAGGCCCAGGGCAUCAUCAACGUCACCAGUCACUCCAGUUCCCUACCUUGCCUCACCAAUUCCAGGCCCCGGCCAGGGCUUCCCCCCGCCUCCAAGAUCUACGCGAGAUUGAGGAAGAGGCAGUCGUACCCGAGGCGCCGGUACCAAAGAGCCCUAAACAGCGCUUUGUGCAUCACAAUGCCAGCGACAGCCUGCAGAAGGAGAUUGACGAAGCAGAAUAUCAUCUGGAGGAACAAAUGCGAUCACAGCUGGACAAUGAUGUGGAUUACAGCCCUCACAAUGACGGCGACAAACCAGAGGCGGGCCCGGUCACCUCCACGAUUAGCCAUGCGGGAGAGCAGUUGGGCCAGUUCGCGCCUCAGCCUCAUCGAUUUGCCGGGGAGGCGGAUGGCCCUGUCCUCCAUCAUCCUCGACCCCAUAGUCGCGGCCAUUCGCUCUCCCAGAAAUAUUUCACCGAAGACGACGCCUCUACCCAGGGAACUUUCAGGCCCACCCUACAGCAGAUCAGCGCGCAACCGGCCGAGGAAGACGAAAUCGAGACAAACCCAAGCAAUUUGGGUACACCUGUGCAGACCUUGGAGUUCUCCAAGCUUACCCAGCAUCAGCGUGGCUUCUCUACUGCCAGCAACCCCUGGACCGACGAACCUGGCAAGUCAGCCAAAAGUGGUCACCAAUCGCGCCCCAGCCAUGGCAGUGUUUCCUCCUUCUCGAAGCUCAACGUGGAGGCUCCCGAGUUCAAAUUUAACCCCGCGAGCACAUUCAAGCCUGGUGCAUUCAGUUUCUCGAGUAAUUCGUUCCAGCCCACGGCGUUCAAUACAAGCGUAACCCAGACAAACUUGAGCCAGCCCAGUCCACCGAGGCCUGGCUCCUCCAAGAUCAACGCUAAUGCGCCCGUCUUCUCCCCGCGUCAGAGCGAGUUCAGCUUUUCAGCCUCCGGGCCCAAGUUUCGCCCGGAUGCUCCUUCGUUCACGCCGCGAUCGAUGCCUGCGUCCGUCGCGAGCCCAGUCAUGUCGGGGGCUGAGAGUGGUAGCAACCGGAACAGUUCCAUCUUUGGUGCCAUUGAUCUAAGCGGUGCGAAUCACGGCAAGCCACUGAAGAACAUUAAGGCGGCAUCGACCACGCAACCAGAGCGCCAGGAAUCACCUGCAAUUAAUGGUGUGCGGUAUGAUUCUGACGGCCGCCCUCUGUUUGACGAGUCUCGCGUCAAGAGGACUUGGGAAAAGGCAGACGAUGGUGAUGAUGUACCGCUGUUCGCCGAACCCACAAAGGACGACACGCCUGUACCUGAAUCCCACUUGGAUACAGCUACUCAGGAUGACGGUGUGCCGGCAGAGGAGAAGUCAUUUGAUGAGUCCAACCUAGGGCUCAAUGACAUGACAAUGUCGUCAACCAUGGUCUCCGAGACGACAGAUACCAAGGCCACCGUUAGCCCGUCUGAACCUUCCCCGGAUCAUGCCACGCUGAACUGGGCACCGUUCGAGUUCAAGAACAACAACGAAGUACAAGCCUUCAACGACGCGAGGCCGUUCGAUCCCGACACGUUCAAGCCCGCCCACAAGAAGUCACUCUCGGCUACUUUCAAGCCUGGCCACAAGAAGUCGCUCUCUGCUACGGCUACGGCUUUCGUACCUGGCGCAGCAAUCUGGACUGCCCCCAAGGAACAAACCGCCGAUACUGCUUCUGAGGAGAUUACCGAUCAAGCUGCCGAUCAGUCUGCGUCUGUGGAGAUAGACGCGACGGUUGAAAUCGAACCUGCGGUGGCCGCUGAGGAAUCACAGGUGCCAGAGGAACAAGUGACGGAGUCCGUUGAGAAGCCGAUGGAAGAGCAAGCACUGCCCGACUCUGUUUCUCCGCCCAUUGCUGCUCCCGAGCCGCCAGCCAUCGCCGAGGACGUCACCGCUUCUGGUCCCGAACAGGCUUCGCCGCCCCAACCGUUGAAGCGUACUGGUCUCGCCGCUUCCCGUUUCGCUGCUCCUCCGUCUCCUAUGGGAGAAGACGAGCCGGUCGUUGUGGAACGCGCCAUCUCGCCUGUCUCUUCUGAGAAGCUGCCCGUCGCAUCGAGUGACGAACGUGGCGAGCCUGCAGCAAACGAUUUGGUCGCCGAGCAGACCAUGGCUGAUAUCGACGAGGUAAUGCGUCUCAUGAAUGACGACCCGGAUAUGGGGGUCAACAGGACAUAUGACGACCAGUCACAGUGGCAAGAAGCGAGUCCGAUUCGCCAGUCUGCUCUUGUCACGGACUCCUCGCCCACCCGCCUACCUCCUCCGAGUUACGCCCGCAGUGACGCUCCCAGCCCGAGCCAAGCUGACUAUGCUGAUCCAACGGCAAUGGACAUGGAAGACCCCUUUAUCAACCCCUCUCGCAGCAGCCAGUCUAUUGAGGGCGCCGUUCACCGUCUUAAUGGCGGCGAGAGCCUACCAGCUAGUGACUGGGAAGGCGUCUUCAGCGAAUCGGAGCAAACCAAGCUCGAGUCGCGUGUUGCCUUCUUCGACGGCCGUGUUAAUGAGCUUUUCGGUGGCCUGCUCGCUGCCCGUCUUGGGCCGCUUGAGCGGACGCUGGACAGCAUGAGCCACGCCUUGUUGAGACGCACGCGAUCCAACCGCCGGGAACGAGGCAGCUUCUCCGUCGAGGUUCGCGAGAGUGACGCUGACGAUGAGGAUGACGAGGUGCCCGGCCCGCCUCGCUCCAUGAGCCCGCGCCGGGACCGCAAGAUGGACCAGAUCCGCGCUGUUAUUCUGGAUGUCCUUGGCUCGCAACGCCGGAAUCAGCCCGCCGAGACUUCGUCGCCCCUUGACAACUCCUCUGUCCUGAAGGCACUCGAGGACAUGAAGGAGCAGCUGGGCCAGUCGCUCCAACCUUCGCUCCGCAGCGAAGACUUCAAGACUAUUGUUGAGGAUGUCGUGGAGCGCCGCGUCCCUGCUCCCGCUCCGGCCACGGACAAGGACGAGCAGGUGAACGAGCUCCAAGCCCGCGUCGCCGAGCUCGAGCAGCGGCUCCGCGCCGAGGAGACCAAAGCCGAGGCCGAGGUUUCUGCCAGGCGCGCUGCCGAAGAUCGGGCUGCAGAGGCUGAUCGUGAACUGCAAUCCGUGGCUACCAGGAUCGAGGUUGAGAUGAUAAACAAGAGUGCCUUGAGCCGGCGCAUUACCGACCUCGAAGAUCGGGCGCAGCACGCGGAGACGAAGGCAGAGGAGCAGGUUAGUGUCAGAAGAGCCGCCGAAGACCGGCUUUCGGAGAUUCAACGCCUGCUCCGGAUAUCGUCCGAGGAGGAGACACGGCUUAGAGAGCUUGUCGAAGAGAAGGACGAGAAAAUCAAGGCGGCCGAGGCUAUCCAUAGCAAGAGUGCCAUGCGUCUCAGCGUUUUGGAGGCCAGCCAGGCCAAUGCUCAUCAGUCCCAGGGUGAGGCGCAGAACCGCGUCAACACCCUCGAGGCCGAUGCCCGAGAGGCUCGCAAGGAGACCCAGCAUUGGCGGUCUGAGACUGACCGGAUCGUCACCAUCAUCCAGCGCCGUGACAAGGAACUUGCGCAGGCCCUCGAUGAGAACAAGGCUAUGCACAAGCUCAUCGACACCCUGGGCACCCAGCUGCAGGAGAAUGAGCGUGUGCGCGACACUUGGCGCACCAAGUUCAUCUCUAUGCAAGAUGAGAUGGCCCAGGCGGCGAAGGAGAUCACCGAGGAGAACGCUCGCCGUGCCAAGAAGGAACAAACGCUCCUUGCACGGCAAGAGGUUCUCGACGCCAGGCUGCAAGCUGAGGCAAGGACGCGUGAGCGUAUCGAAACGGAGCUCGAGAGGUUGGAGAUGGGUGAGCGCCAAGGCAUGAGGGCCGUCUCCGAGUGUAAGAGACUCGAGGGUCUCCUCGCCGAAUUGCGCACCGAGAACCACAAACUCCACCAGAGCUCGCUCCGCUACCAAGCCGAGUUCCAGGAGGCUAGAGAGUCCGGCGCCCGUGAGGUCCAGCGUACCCGCGACGCGAUGCAGGCUGAAGUGGAGAAUGCCAACCACCAGGUCAACGUCGCCCGCGAGGAGCUCGAAGACCAGGUGUCGAGACUCAGGUCCCAGCUCGAUCAAGUCAAGUUGGAUGCGGACACGGCCAAGGCUCGCCACGAUAUGUUGCUGGAGGAGGCGCAGAACUCGAAGCAGGCAGGCCACGACGAGCAGGUGCGCAGGCAUCAAAAUGAGGUCGAGGACCUGCAGGCGCGCUACGAACGCCAGCUCAACAACACGACGGAGGACGCGCAGAGAGCGGAGCAGAACCUUCUGGAACGCCUCAGCAUCUCGACGUCCAAGUCGGAGCAUCUACAAGACAAGGUCGCGCAUCUGCAGGAGAAGCUGGAGAUUGCCCAAGAGGCCGCCCGAGCCGCCGCCCUCGCUGCGAAGUCGGCCUCCGGGGCCGAGGCUACAAUCCCUCAGCAUAAGCCUGCUUCCGCCGUUACGUCUACCGCUGCUACUAGCGCUGCAUGCCAGCUCGAGCUUCCUGAAAGGAUUUCGCCGCAGGCCCUGCGCGAGUCCAUCAUGGUGCUGCAAGAGCAACUGCAGGAACGCGAGCAGACGAUUGAGGCGCUGGAGUCCAAACUGUCCCAGAUCGAUCCCGAGGCGGAGACCAAGAUCUCGAAGCGCGAUGACGAAAUCAUCUGGCUGCGCGAGCUUCUUGCCGUCCGACACUCGGAUCUCCAGGACAUUAUCGGCGCCCUCAGCCGAGACGACUACGACAAGAACGCGGUCAAGGACGCGGCCAUCCGCCUCAAGGCGAACCUCCAGAUGGAGGAACAGGAGCGCGAGCGGGCGAUGAACGGCGGCUCAUCCAUCAAGCUGCCCAACAUCGCCGCCACGAUCCAGGCGGCAACGCCUCGCGUAGCCCAGGCGGUCGGACCCCUGGCCGCAGCAUGGGGCAACUGGCGGAAGGCGCGCGAUCUCAGCAGCGCCCUGUCAUCCCCUGCUCCGGCCAACGGACGGAACGUGAACGUGAACGCGACGCCCUCGCGCGCCAGCCCCGCCUCGAGCAGCAGCCUGCUCGGCGGGCUGCUGACGCCGCCGGCGUCCCACGUCAACCAGACCCCGACGGCCCGAGCCAGGCAGCAGCAGCAGCAACAGCAGCAACAGCAGCAGCCGACCGCCUUCUCCAACACGGGCCGCCGCUUCACGGCGCAGGACCUCGCCAACCGGCCCCGCCCGCCCCCGUCGUCGUCGUCGGCCUCGCCCGCGCUCUCCGACGAUUCGUCCUCCAAGGGCAAGGCCCCGGCCGCGGCCGCCGCCGCGCAGGAGACGCCCCGCCGCCGCCCGCUCGCUGACCCCGUCACGCCUCCCAUGAUGCGCUCGAGCGCGUACGACGAUGAUGCCCAGGCGGAGGACUUUGAUGAUACUGGGUUUUUUGAGGAGGAGGACUGA